GAGUUGUUCUGUGCUGCUUCUUCUCCCUCCAAAAGAUCCCCAAUGGCCGCCUGACGGCACACACUUCUAUGCUCUCUCGAUAAACUAAUUAAUGGUUCCUUGAUCUCUCUCUCCCUUCUCUUCUAUGCGUAUCAUGUCGUUUCUCGGCUGAAGCAAUCGAGGAAAUAAUAAUACAACAAUUUCGAGAUGGUUUGUUCGAGUAGAAUUUUAUCCAUCUCUUACCCAAGCACGCCGCAAUCCAUAUAUAAGUCCUCUUCCUCCUCUAGAUUUCUUCAUGGAUUGCCUAAAUCCACCAUCAAAUGGCGGUCCAUGGCUUCCGAAGCUGAGGGUGGUUCUUCUUCCCUUGGACCGUCCCUCGAUUCUGACUCAACCGAAAACAAGACGGCUUCUGCUGCUGCAGCUGCUGGGUUUUGCAUAAUUGAAGGACCGGAAACGGUACAAGAUUUUGAUAAAAUGGAGUUACAGGAAAUUCAGGACAACAUUAGGAGUAGACGGAACAAAAUAUUUUUGCACAUGGAGGAGGUUCGUAGGCUGAGGAUACAACAGAGAAUUAAGAAUGCUGAGCUUGGAGUUCUUAAUGAUGAACAAGAAAAUGAAUUCCCAAACUUCCCUUCAUUCAUUCCCUUUUUGCCGCCUCUAAGCUCCUCAAAUCUUAAGCAAUAUUAUGCAAGUUGUUUCUCUCUUAUUGCUGGAGUUAUACUUUUUGGAGGUCUUCUUGCUCCCACAUUGGAGCUUAAAUUGGGUCUUGGAGGCACUUCCUAUGAAGACUUUAUAAGGACCAUGCACCUUCCAAUGCAGCUGAGUCAGGUGGAUCCGAUAGUGGCAUCGUUUGCUGGUGGAGCGGUUGGAGUUAUAUCAGCUUUAAUGGUAGUUGAAGUGAACAAUGUGAAACUACAAGAGCAUAAACGAUGCAAGUACUGUCUGGGAACAGGUUAUCUUGCAUGUGCUCGUUGCUCGAGCACAGGGGCACUUGUUCUUAUUGACCCAACAUCAACCAGAGGAGGAGAUCAACCUUUAUUACCGCCUAAAACUCAAAGAUGUUCUAAUUGUUCAGGCGCAGGAAAGGUUAUGUGUCCUACAUGCCUGUGCACAGGAAUGGCAAUGGCAAGUGAGCAUGACCCUAGGAUCGACCCUUUUGAUUAAUAUCUAGCAGCUUUGUAUCAUUCAAUCAAUAAGCAUAAGUUAUUUGUAAAACAACUUUUAUGAACCUAAAACCCUUAAUACUUAUAUUUUAUAGAAACAAAUACAACAGUCAGUCAAUUAUAUUUUUUGUUUGUUUAUAAAUAACCAUAAUAAUAUUCAUGGGA